CAAGGCAUGUGAUUAACUUUCUUAAAAUAAAAGCAAAAACGGAAACAAGGCCCGUGACGAAUCUGCUACUUCCGAUGUAAAGGUCCUGUCCGUCAAGGAGGAAGAAUCUUCCGUCGCUUCCAGCUCGGCACCAGGCUCCGUGGGAAAGGAAGCCCGAGCUUUGCUGAGGUGAGCGGGAGCGGUCUGGUGGGAGUAGGGCCCACCCUGGCGAGAAGGACGAGAGAAUUCGGCCUGCACGAACAUGAACGAUUGGAUGCCCAUCGCCAAGGAGUAUGACCCGCUUAAAGCUGGCAGCAUUGAUGGCACCGACGAGGACCCACACGAUCGAGCUGUCUGGAGGGCGAUGCUGGCACGAUAUGCCCCCAACAAAGGUGUCACAGGAGACCCCCUCCUCACCCUGUUUGUGGCGAGACUGAACCUGCAGACCAAAGAGGAGAAGUUAAAGGAAGUAUUUUCCCGCUAUGGGGACAUCCGGCGGCUUCGGCUGGUGAGGGACUUGGUCACGGGCUUUUCGAAGGGCUACGCCUUCAUCGAGUACAAAGAGGAGCGUUCUCUGCUCAAAGCUUACCGGGACGCCGAUGGCCUGGUUAUUGACCAGCAUGAGAUAUUUGCGGACUAUGAACUGGAAAGGACUCUCAAAGGGUGGAUUCCUCGGCGACUUGGAGGAGGCUUGGGGGGAAAAAAGGAAUCUGGGCAGCUGAGGUUUGGGGGGCGGGAUCGGCCUUUCCGAAAACCCAUUAAUCUGCCCGUUGUUAAAAACGACCAGUUUCGAGAGGGAAAGAGGGAGAGAAGGGAGCGGUCUCGAUCCCGAGAAAGACACUGGGACUCCAGGAUGAGGGAUCGGGACCACGACAGGGGCCGGGAGAGGAGGUGGCAGGAAAAAGAAUCAACUAGGGUGUGGCCAGAAGGUGACCGGGACAGAGAGAGGGACUUCAGAGAUGACAGGGCCAAGGGGAGGGAGAAGAGGGGCAGAAGUAAGUAGACUCCAUCCCCUGCCAAACCCAAACGAAGGCGCCCGGCCAGUAAGAGUGCAGGGAGCCCUGCACGGCUUGUAUACAGAAUCCAAGUCCAGUGGUCGAAUAAAACUUACUGAGGAAAACAAAAACAAAACAGAAAACACUUAUUAUGAUAAUGCGGUUGGGUACGUUUUCUUUCGACUCUGGAAUGCAGGUUCAAGAUGAACACGCUGAUAUUUUGAAUUUUCUCUUCUUCAUCUUAUAGUUUUUGUUCUUGGUUUUUGGGGCUCAUGGGCGGUUUGCGGGAUCUUACUUCCCUGACCAGGGACUGAACCCGCGCCCUCAGUAGUGAAAGUGCAGAGUCCUAACCAUUGGACCACCAGGGAAUUCCCUUCAUCUUAUAGUUGUGAGGACCCAUUAUUUGGUAAGCUUGAGAAACAAUUUUUCAGUCACCAGCAUCUGUACAGAAAGGCCUGUGUAAGGAGCCACCACUCUUUUUUU